AUGGGCAGCGGGCGGGCGCUGUGGCUGCUGCUGUUCGCCGCCCUGCUGGGCGCGCAGGGAUUCCCCCAGACCAACAUCAAGAUCAGCCAAGCCCUGCCUGAGCCUGUCCAUGCCUACUCCUGCCCGCUCUUCUGGACAGAGUACGAGGGGCACUGCUACCGCUACUUCCCCGUCAACAAAACCUGGGCUGAGGCUGAUCUCUACUGUGCUGAGUUCUCCAUCGGCAUCAGGUCAGCCAAGCUGGCCUCCAUCCACAGCUGGGAAGAAAACGUGUUUGUGUACGACCUGGUGAACAGCCGUGUGCCCGGCAUCCCCACGGACAUCUGGACAGGACUCAACGACCUGCGGCAGGAGGGUCACUUUGAGUGGACAGAUGGCUCCUCCUUCGACUACCACUACUGGGAUGGCAGCCAGCCCGACGAUGGGAUCCACUCCAUCCCGGAGGAGGAGGACUGCGUGCAGAUCUGGUUCAGGCACAGCAGCGCCCUGCGCUCCUGGAACGACAACGCCUGUGGCAGAGCCUUCCCCUUCGUCUGCAAGAUCCCCUCCCUGGCCCUGGACUGAGGCUCUGGUGCUGCCCAC